GUCUCCUGUGUGAGAGAGGAGGGGCUGGAACUCAGCUCCCUGAGUCCUGGAAGGGCCAACUGGCUGAGACUAAUUCCAGAAUCAAGGAGCGGGGAAAGGCCAGCCCUCCCCACAUCUCCUCCCCCAGGCCCAGUCCUCUCACAGGACGCCCCCUCCCCGCUCUUCCUGCCGGGUUUCCUCUUGCCUUUUCCUGUCCCCCACCCAGUGCUGGGAGCUGGGGCAGAGGCAAAGGCUGAACAGGAGCAGCGAGGUCAGGAACCAACCAGGGCCAACGGAGCCAAGGCCCCGGGGUGCUGCUGGGACCUGAAGCAGGGGCCAUGCUAUCUGGUGAACGGAAGGAGGGCGGAAGCCCCCGCUUCGGGAAGCUCCAUCUCCCUGUGGGCCUGUGGAUCAAUUCUCCCAGGAAGCAGCUGGCCAAGCUGGGGCGGCGCUGGCCCAGUGCUGCCUCUGUUAAGUCGUCGUCUUCGGACACGGGGAGCCGCAGCAGCGAGCCUCUGCCCCCGCCGCCACCGCACGUGGAGUUGCGGAGAGUGGGCGCGGUCAAGGCGGCCGGGGGAGCCUCCGGGAGUCGCGCCAAGCGCAUCUCCCAGCUCUUUCGGGGCUCGGGGACCGGGGCCACGGGGUCCGGCGGCGCGGGAGGCCCCGGGACUCCGGGGGGCGCCCAGCGCUGGGCCAGCGAGAAGAAGCUGCCGGAGCUAGCGGCGGGCGUGGCCCCCGAGCCCCCGCUAGCCGCCCGCGCCACGGCGCCCCCGGGGGUCCUCAAGAUCUUCGGCGCCGGCCUGGCGUCGGGCGCCAACUACAAGAGCGUGCUGGCCACUGCGCGCUCCACGGCACGCGAGCUGGUGGCCGAGGCGCUGGAGCGCUACGGGCUGUCGGGCAGCCCCGGGGGCGGCCCCGGCGAGAGCAGCUGCGUGGACGCCUUCGCGCUGUGCGACGCGCUGGGCCGGCCCGCGGCGGGCGGCGUGGGCGGCGGCGAGUGGCGGGCGGAGCACCUGCGCGUGCUGGGCGACUCGGAGCGUCCGCUGCUGGUGCAGGAGCUGUGGCGUGCGCGGCCCGGCUGGGCGCGGCGUUUCGAGCUGCGCGGCCGCGAGGAGGCGCGCCGCCUGGAGCAGGAGGCCUUCGGGGCGGCAGACAGCGACGGCACGGGCGCCCCCUCGUGGCGGCCACAAAAGAACCGUUCCCGGGCGGCUUCCGGCGGGGCGGCCCUGGCCAGUCCUGGCCCAGGGUCCGGCUCAGGGCCCCCUGCUGGAUCUGGGGGCAAAGAACGCUCGGAAAACCUGUCCCUGCGGCGCAGCGUGUCGGAGCUCAGCCUGCAGGGGCGGCGGCGGCGGCAGCAGGAGCGCAGGCAGCAGGCACUUAGCAUGGCCCCAGGGGCAGCCGAUGCCCAGAUCGGACCCGCAGACCCUGGCGACUUCGAUCAGUUGACCCAGUGCCUCAUCCAGGCCCCCAGCAACCGUCCCUACUUCCUGCUGCUCCAGGGCUACCAGGACGCCCAGGACUUCGUGGUGUAUGUGAUGACACGGGAGCAGCACGUCUUCGGCCGCGGGGGGAACUCCUCAGCCCGUGGUGGGUCCCCCGCCCCAUACGUGGACACCUUUCUCAAUGCCCCUGACAUCCUGCCACGGCACUGCACGGUGCGUGCGGGCCCUGAGCCCCCAGCCAUGGUGCGCCCAUCCCGGGGGGCCCCAGUCACGCAUAACGGGUGCCUCCUGCUGCGGGAGGCCGAGCUGCACCCUGGCGACCUGCUGGGGCUGGGCGAGCACUUCCUCUUCAUGUACAAGGACCCCCGCACCGGGGGCUCUGGGCCUGCGCGGCCGCCCUGGCUGCCCGCCCGCCCGGGGACCGCCCCGCCGGGCCCAGGGUGGGCCUUCUCUUGCCGCCUGUGCGGCCGCGGCCUGCAGGAGCGGGGCGAGGCGCUGGCGGCCUACCUGGACGGCCGGGAGCCGGUGCUGCGCUUUCGGCCGCGUGAAGAAGAGGCGCUGCUGGGCGAGAUCGUGCGUGCUGCCGCCGCGGGCGCUGGGGACCUGCCGCCGCUGGGGCCCGCCACCCUGCUGGCGCUGUGCGUGCAGCAUUCAGCCCGAGAGCUGGAGCUGGGCCACCUGCCGCGCCUGCUGGGCCGCCUGGCCCGACUCAUUAAGGAGGCUGUCUGGGAAAAAAUUAAGGAAAUUGGAGACCGUCAGCCAGAGAACCACCCAGAGGGAGUCCCCGAGGUGCCCUUGACUCCGGAGGCUGUGUCAGUAGAGCUGCGGCCACUCAUGCUGUGGAUGGCCAACACCACGGAACUGCUGAGCUUUGUGCAGGAGAAAGUGCUGGAGAUGGAGAAGGAGGCUGACCAGGAGGGUCUGUCCUCAGACCCACAGCUCUGCAAUGACUUGGAAUUAUGUGAUGAGGCCAUGGCCCUCCUGGAUGAGGUCAUCAUGUGUACCUUUCAGCAGUCUGUCUACUACCUCACCAAGACUCUGUAUUCAACACUGCCUGCUCUCCUGGAUAGUAACCCUUUUACAGCUGGGGCAGAGCUGCCAGGGCCUGGCGCAGAGCUGGGGGCCAUGCCUCCAGGGUUGAGACCAACCCUGGGCGUGUUCCAGGCAGCCCUGGAACUGACCAGCCAGUGUGAGCUGCACCCGGACCUCGUGUCUCAGACUUUCGGUUACUUGUUCUUCUUCUCCAAUGCAUCCCUUCUCAACUCACUGAUGGAACGAGGUCAAGGCCGGCCUUUCUAUCAAUGGUCCCGAGCUGUCCAAAUCCGAACCAACUUGGACCUUGUCUUGGACUGGCUGCAGGGAGCCGGGCUGGGUGACAUUGCCACUGAAUUCUUCCGGAAACUCUCCAUAGCUGUGAACCUGCUCUGUGUGCCCCGCACUUCUCUGCUCAAGGCUUCAUGGAGCAGCCUACGAACUGACCACCCCACACUGACCCCUGCUCAGCUCCACCAUCUGCUCAGCCACUACCAGCUGGGUCCUGGUCGUGGGCCACCACCUGCCUGGGAUCCUCCCCCUGCAGAGCGAGAUGCUGUGGAUACAGGGGACAUCUUCGAAAGCUUCUCUUCCCAUCCUCCCCUCAUCCUGCCCUUGGGCAGCUCGCGCCUGCGCCUCACCGGUCCUGUGACGGACGACGCCCUGCACCGUGAACUGCGCAGGCUCCGCCGCCUUCUCUGGGAUCUUGAGCAGCAGGAACUGCCGGCCAAUCACCGCCACGGGCCUCCCGCGGCCACGCCUCCUUGAAAACCAAUAACGAACAAGCGCGCGAACCUUGAAAAUUCUUCGGCUUCCACUCCCUGGAGCCCGCCUGAGCUCCGAGCUCUCUGGGAGUUGUAGUUCUUUCCUCGCGUGGGAUGCCGGGAGUUUGAGUUUUCGGGCAGUAGAGGAUGGGACAGUGGGAAAAUGGGCUUGGGAAGUGAGCGCAAGGAGCAAUAAAGGUAUCUGUCGUAUUGG